AUGGAAGAAAAUAUUCAAACGAUGGCAAUGCCACCUAGUGAAGCACAGAAUGCAGAGAUUGUAAAAACAUCAGCAGAGAUAAUUCAACCAGUAGCCGAACAAAACGGAAAUUGCAAUCAAUCUAAUGCAAAUAGGAAUAAUGCGAACGCAAAAAAUAAUAAUCGAAAUAAUAAUUUCAAUGUUAAAAAUAAGAAAUUGAAUAAUCGUCGUCGCAAGCGCUCAUUUCGAAGUCGCAAAAAUUCCCGAAGUGGAAAUAAUUUUAAAUUCAAUGCAAAAUCGAAGAAGCGUGAUUUGUUAUUUGAUCGAGAUCAAGUGCGACGACAUCAAUUAUUCUUUACGGAUAGUCAACGUCUCGUUCCUUACAACACCAACGAGUUCUUGAUGGAAGAUCAUUUUCCGAAAAUCUCACCAAAUUUCAAUUACAACCCCAUCAACAGUCAUGAUUCGUUCUCAAGCAGUGAUUGUGGAAUGUCAGGAUCGAUUGACGAAGAUGAGUUUCUUACCAAAGAAUUUCGAAUGGAUUAUGAGAAUCUUCGGUCGGAACAACUUAAUGAUAUGACAAAAGAUCAAUUGAUACAAGAAUAUUUGAAGUUAGAAAACCAAACUGAGUUGAGCAUUAAAGCAAAAGAGAAUGAAAUAUUGGCUUUGAACAAUAAAAUAAAAGGUGGGUUAGUGAAGAGAGCAGACGAGUUAACUCGUCGAUUGAAGCAUGAAAAGAAUACAAAACAAAAGCUUGUGGAGGGUGACCAAGAAUAUAGCAGCCAUAGUGACAGCUCAUCAAGCGAUAGUGACAGCUCCAGCUCCGAUUCAUCCUCAUCUUCGUCAGACUCAAACAUUGAGAAUGAAGAAAAUGAUGUUAAUUAUCCUGUGAUAACUGAACAGCCACCGCAAAUUGCCGAAACUGUUUCGUGUUAA